UUUACUCCACCCCAAUCUCACUGUUGCUCUCAGCAAUGGAGAGCAAAAAUGGAGGAGGGAAGAAGAAAGCAAAGCGAGGAGGGUUCAAGACUAUGCCAUUUAUACUCGGAAAUGAUAUCUGUGAUAAGUUUGCAACUGCUGGAUUCAAUGCAAACAUGGUCUCGUACUUGACCAGCCAGUUGCAUUUGCCUCUAGUUACAGCCUCCAACACCCUCAGCAACUUGAGUGGCACUUCCAGCCUCACCACUAUCAUCGGUGCUCUGAUCGCCGACUCCUUUGCUGGCCGUUUCUGGACCAUCACCGUUGGCUCGCUCAUCUAUCAGCUGGGAAUGAUCACUCUCACAAUAUCAGCUAUCCUCCCUGCUCUCCGCCCACCGCCGUGCACACCACCUGACAUUUGCCACCGUCCAUCAACAUUCCAACUCCUAGUCCUCUACUCCUCCCUCAUCCUAACCUGCAUUGGCGCUGGAGGCAUCAGACCCUGUGUUGUUACAUUCGGCGCAGACCAAUUUGAACUCGACAAGACACGAACAAGCACAAGAAAAUGGAACUAUUUCAGUCUCUACUACUUCGCAUUGAGCGUGUCUCAUCUCUUAGCCCUUACUUUGGUUGUGUAUAUCCAAGACAAUGUUGGUUGGGGAUGGGGGUUUGGGAUUCCUAGCAUGGUGAUGUUCGUGUCGGUUGUUGUGUUUGUGAUUGGAUAUCCGCUGUAUAUAAAAAUUAAGCCUGCAGGGAGCCCGAUGACACGGUUGACACAAGUAUUGAUUGCUGCUUUCAAGAAGAGGAAGAUUGCGAAGCCUGAAGACCCGAGUCUUUUGUUUGUUGAUAAGGAAUUGGAUGCUGAUAUUUCAACUGGAGGGAGCCUUAUCCAUACUGAACAGCUUCGGUGAGUGCACAUCUCGAGCAAUACUCAAGUAGCAUGAAAUGUUGAAUUGGAAUUUCCUAGAGUUGAACAGGGCAUUAACUUACUUAUACAUGCAAAAUGGAAUACGAUCAAACUAUAAAAACACAAUUUUGAUGAAUUUCAACAUCAUGAAGUUUUGCAUAUUGAGCAGACCCAUAGGCCACAUUGAUAACAUGUUUUCAGUGAAAUGGACAAAAUUUAGCUUGUUUGUUUUAGCAGAGAAAUGUGAAAACAAUAACAGGAUCCAAUAAAAACUUGCUACUAUACACACCAAAAAGAAUUAUAGGCGUAAUACAAUAAAGAGCGUGUAAUAGUAAUAAGGAAAUGACAUGAGACUAGAACCUCAAUGCAUUCUUGAUACUGAACCCUUAAAAUAUGACCCUGAUCAUGCAUUUUUAUUCUCAUGGUUUACAAUUUAGUUAACAUGAAAUGAUGAAUUGGAGUCCACUCUGAAAGCAAGUCUAAUUCCUAAAAUUGAACAGAUUGGAUAAAAUU